GCCGAUGAUGUCUGUCUGUCUGUCUGUUUGUCCGUCUGUCCGUCUGCGUGGCUGUGCGUGGCUGUGUUCGUCUGCUGCUCCACCGAUAUGCAACGCUCACUGGCGGCCUGAAGCAGACAGAGGCCCAAACACUCGAGGUAUUGGCCGUCCGUAGUGGUGCAUGACUGAAGACUCACGUACCGGCACUGCGUGUCAUGUGUGUCUGCGCCGCUGCACUCAUCGCGCUCAGCUGCUGUGCCAUGGUGCUAUCCUCCUUGGACCGGUUUGGGUCUGUCACACUCGCAGCGAUCGAAGCCGCCCGCAUAGACUCAGCUGCCUUCUCCAAGUUGUUGACGGCAUUGCUCUCGUCGCCGCUCGUGGAGAUCUCAGCGACAGCCGCGUCAGUGUAUCCCUUUGCCGACUGCAAGUCGCUCAUCUGUGUGUGAACACAACAGGAUAGUGCAUCAUUUCAAUCAUUGCUUCCUGAAUUCACUCACUCACUCACUCACUCACUGCUGCCUUUGCCUCCUCUCACCUCUGCUUCGCUGGCGGUGCUUGGAUGAGUGGCCAUCGUGACAGCGCCUGCACAGAGGCACAACCAUACACAAUCAUUCAUUCGUUGCGUGCUUUGUUUGAUGCGUGAGCACCUCUGCGUCGAGCAGCAUUGGCGUUUGACGCCAGGAGGGCAGCGAGAAGCAGCAGGGAGACCAUCAACGGCAUCUCGUGGAGAAUCGAUGAGCUUUUCAGCUUUGUUUCCGUUCGAAUGAC